AGUCGCAGGGUCAUCCCCCGGGGAGGCGGAGGCGCACGAAGUGGGAGGAGGAAGUGUCCGGGAGGGGCGUCGGCGGGCGGGUCGGGUUACCGUGGCCCCGCCUGACCCGGUGACCUCCCGGCGCGCUUGCCGCUAGCCCAGGGCCACUCUGGUUCUCAGCGAGGCCGACUCCGCCCUGACUGGACGAUCCUGGCGACCCUACCCACCCGCUGUCCCCUCGCGCGUGAGGACUGAUCUCAGGCUGAGCAAUGGCAUUUCAAAAGGCAGUGAAAGGGACUGUUCUUGUGGGCGGAGGAGCUCUGGCCACUGUUUUGGGACUCUCUCAGUUUGCUCAUUACAGAAGGAAGCAAGUGAGCCUGGCUUAUGUGGAAGCAGCAGAGUGCCUCUCAGAGCCUGUGAACAGAGAGCCUCCUUCCAGAGAAGCUCAGCUCAUGACGUUGCAGAACACAUCGGAAUUUGAUAUCCUUGUUAUUGGAGGAGGAGCCACAGGAAGUGGCUGUGCACUAGACGCGGUCACCAGAGGACUAAAAACAGCCCUUGUAGAGAGAGAUGACUUCUCAUCGGGGACCAGCAGCAGAAGUACUAAAUUGAUCCAUGGUGGCGUGCGGUACCUCCAGAAGGCUAUCAUGAAGUUGGAUGUUGAGCAGUAUAGGAUGGUGAAAGAAGCCCUCCACGAGCGUGCCAACUUACUAGAAAUCGCUCCCCACUUAUCAUCUCCGUUGCCUAUAAUGCUUCCAAUUUACAAGUGGUGGCAGCUGCCCUAUUACUGGGUGGGGAUCAAGCUGUACGAUCUGGUUGCAGGAAGUAACUGCCUGAAGAGCAGCUACGUCCUCAGCAAAUCCAGAGCCCUGGAGCACUUCCCCAUGCUGCAGAAGGACAAACUGGUAGGAGCCAUCGUCUACUAUGAUGGACAACACAACGAUGCACGGAUGAACCUCGCCAUCGCCCUCACCGCUGCCAGGUAUGGGGCUGCCACAGCCAAUUACAUGGAGGUGGUGAGCUUGCUCAAGAAGAAAGACCCCGAAACUGGGAAAGAGCGUGUGAGCGGCGCACGGUGCAAGGAUGUCCUCACAGGGCAGGAGUUUGACGUGAGAGCCAAAUGUGUUAUCAAUGCCACCGGACCUUUCACAGACUCCGUGCGCAAAAUGGAUGACAGCAAUGCCGCUGCCAUCUGCCAGGCCAGCGCAGGUGUCCACAUUGUGAUGCCUGGGUACUACAGCCCUGAGAACAUGGGACUUCUUGAUCCUGCAACCAGUGAUGGGAGAGUUAUCUUUUUCUUGCCUUGGGAGAAGAUGACUAUUGCUGGCACUACCGAUUCACCAACAGACAUCACCAGCCAUCCUAUUCCUUCGGAAGAAGACAUCAACUUCAUCUUGAAUGAAGUGCGGAACUACUUAAGUUGUGAUGUUGAAGUGAGAAGAGGGGAUGUCCUGGCAGCAUGGAGCGGCAUUCGUCCCCUUGUCGUCGAUCCCAAGUCUGCAGACACUCAGUCCAUCUCCCGAAAUCAUGUUGUCGAUGUCAGUGAGAGCGGCCUCAUCACAAUAGCAGGUGGGAAGUGGACGACGUAUCGCUCUAUGGCAGAAGACACUGUGAAUGCAGCUAUCAAGGUCCACAACUUGAAAGCAGGCCCGAGUAGGACAGUUGGGCUGUUCCUUCAAGGAGGCAAAGAUUGGAGCCCCACCCUCUACAUCAGGCUUGUCCAGGACUACGGGCUUGAGAGUGAGGUGGCACAGCAUCUUGCCACCACCUACGGUGACAAGGCUUUUGAGGUGGCCAAGAUGGCAAGUGUGACUGGCAAACGGUGGCCUGUUGUGGGAGUGCGCCUCGUGUCAGAGUUCCCGUACAUCGAAGCAGAGGUGAAAUACGGGAUCAAGGAAUAUGCCUGCACCGCAGUUGACAUGAUUUCACGUCGCACCCGCCUAGCCUUUCUCAAUGUCCAGGCUGCAGAGGAAGCUCUGCCCAGGAUUGUUGAAUUAAUGGGCAGAGAAUUGAACUGGAGUGAGACUAAGAAACAGGAAGAACUUGAAACGGCCACAAAGUUUCUGUAUUAUGAAAUGGGCUCUAAAUCUCGAUCGGAACAGCUCACAGAUCGUUCUGAAAUCAGCCUGCUGCCUUCAGACAUUGAUAGGUACACCAAGAGAUUUCAUAAGUUUGAUUCAGACGAGAAGGGCUUUAUUACCAUUGUUGAUGUUCAGCGUGUACUAGAGAAUAUCAAUGUGCAAAUGGAUGAAAACACACUACACGAAAUUCUCAGUGAAGUAGAUUUGAACAAGAAUGGGCAAGUUGAACUCAAUGAAUUUCUGCAGCUGAUGAGCGCAAUUCAGAAAGGAAGGGUGUCUGGAAGCCGACUUGCCAUCCUGAUGAAAACCGCUGAAGAGAACUUGGACCGAAGAGUUCCAAUUCCUGUGGACCGUAGUUGUGGAGGAUUGUGAGUCUGACCAGUAAAUCCACAGCCAACAAGCUUAGGACAGCCAGCACCAUGCACCAGCCAGAGAUGACUCACACCGCUCUAAAAUAGUGGCUAUGGUAGCGUGUUUAAAACAACAACAACAACAACAAAAAACACUGGAAAACAUUCCAAAACUUUGAAGAUGUUGGUGUAUUUGCCAACUUAAUUUGCCAAUCCUUUGUUUUUGUUAUUCAGUCUAGCUUCUAAAAAGUGUUUUUCUCAUUUUUAGAGCACACUGAUUUAAUGUGUUGUAACCAUUUUGUAACCUGUUAGACUUGACACUCUGCCUUUUCAUUCAUUCAUUCAUUCAUUCAUUCAUUCACAUCAGUUUUGGAGGCAGACUCCACAAGCUUGAAAAGAAGCUAGAAAAUGUGAGCACACAGAGCUCUAGAGCUUGAACUUGGAGAUAGCAUUAUGGUUUUCUUCUUAGAAAAGCGUUUGACCUGUUGACAUAAUCAUGUUUGGGGAGACUUCUCAACUCUUUCCUGCUACCUCCCCUUCCAAAUAAUCCUGCACACUUUCCUGUCUAGGGUAACACUGGCUAAUCUGGAGAGGGAAGACAAAGUUUAGAUCUGGUUAAGAUUUGGUUACAUUUCUAAAAGAAAAAGUCUGAACGCUUCCAGAAUCACAGGAGUAAGAUAAAGACAGCACUGACAUUUGCCGGGAGGUACAGUGAUAGUUGCUUCUCAACAGUUCAUUUUUUUUCCCCAGGCACUGCUGGCUUUCUUUGACUAUUAUAGUUGCCAGAAAAAAAAUCCUUGCUUUUUUUACUUUAAAACCAGCAUUUGAGUGGCAAGUUGGAUAUAAUGGGAUGAGACCAAAUCUUUCCAUUUCUUAUGGGAGUAAUGAUAAAACACAGUUUUCAAUCCCACAAGUCCUGAAUCUUGCAGUGGGUGGUAUUGUCAGACCUGUUCUUCUUGGGGUGGGCAGUAAUGGUAGUAUUUUCAAAGAGAUAAUACAAAAGAAAUGGGCAGACCUUAGGUAACUUGAAUUGUAACAUUAAAAAAAGACAUACCACUUUAAUACCCAAGGAUAGUCUGCUUGCCAAAGCCGUUCUCUUUGUGUAUUCAAUGGGAAAAAAUUCUCAUUAUACCAAAAACAAAAAAAUAAAAUAAAUCAAAGAAAGACACCUCCCUGCGCACACACAUGCGCACACACCAAUAAAAACCAAAACUGAAUGUGCAUUGAGUUCAAAAAAUAAAGCACUGAAUAGAGAUGCCAGUUGGAAGAUACUCCUGCUAUAUUCUGUUGGCAUUAUAAAUAGUAAUCUUAAUAUUUAUUAAUUGUGCUCCUUUUUCCGAAGCUGCCAAUGAUGGUUUUCUAUGCACAGGAGGAGAUGCAGCCCUUGGUUCACAUUUCUCUCCCGGCAGGCUGGGGCAGACUAUGUGAACUGGGUACACAAAGCACCUUCGUGCUACUAUUUCUGCUUAAUGCAAACAUGUUUUUCUGCCUCGUUCAGUAUGGGUUAUGAGUCUGCAUAUCAUAAUAUAAACUGGGAAGUUCACUUACCUAGGCCUCACCCCCCCUGCCCCCAAAUAGGCAGAAACUGCAGGGAGAGACAGCUCAAGUCAUUUUCUUAUUAAAUGAAGUUUAGAUACUCCCACUUCUGCAGGACAACCUGACACAGAGCAAGUGACGUCAUAGCAGGUGUCGCUGAAGUUUUUCCUUUCAAUGUGUUAAUAUUUUACACUGUUUUUAAAUUAUUUUUUAAUAAACGGAAGCACGUGGCUUUGCGAUUGUUUUUCUAUCAUGACAGUUAAGUUCACUUUAUACCUCGUGACAGUUAAGUUGGCAGAAAAGCUGUCCUUUAAGACAUCCCUCCCCCGCAAAGAAAGGUACCCCAAAUGAUAUAUCACAAUACUCUACAUCUGUGCUCCCCUCCUCUCUCUUUUUCUUCUCUCUUUCUAGUUAGAUCAAGAUAACGAUGGCUUGUGUCACCCCCUGAUUCUCGUACCGUAGGGACUGGGUUAGAAUGCGACUUGCUCAGGCCGAUCUGUGUUUGGAAGGCAGGUCUUGUUUGUACAUGCUUUGCUAUGGAUGAAGUUCCUUUAAGGACAAAGAGAAGUGCACUUUUCUUCAUCUGAGCUUAUCUGCUUUGGCUUAAAAAUCUGCUCGUUCUAAGACAUGAUCCUUCACCAAUCCCAGAGACUCACUCCUUGUGGAAAUGAUAUCCCUGUGAGGAAGGCACCCCAGCGUUUUCCUAGGAGUGCCUCAUUAAGCCUGGACAGCUAAGCAAAGGAGAAAGGAAAUAGGGGAACAAGCCCCUUUAAAACUCAUUCAGAAAAUGAAACAUAUCUUUUCCUCUUGAUGUAACCCUGGUAUUUGUUGACUCUGUUCGGGUGUGGGAGUGGGUGAGCGGGGAUUACCUUUUAUUAUCAAGUGAUUUAUUUCAAGAGCCUCUGAGGGGAUUCAGGUGAAGGAACCGCAUCUGUGCUGGAGGGCUGCAUACUGCUUUAACUAGCCUCCGCCUCGGUGGUAAUAACAGUGAUAAGGCUGGGUUACUUGUUUAGCUAAGGUUGUCUGCCUCACAUCCAUCAUGCUGCAUAUUCCUGCUUUCAGUCUACCGAGUGUAACUUCCGAUUUCUGCUAUCGAGCGCAUGCUUUGUAUUCUGCCUUCGUUUACGGCUUGAUUUUGGCCUAUCUCAAAAUAUGUACAACAAAAAUGUUCCUUCUGAUUCUUAACUCAGUACAGCGUAGGGAUUGGCACUGAUUUUUUUCUUUCCCUCUUUUUUGUUCAUUUGUAAAAAGGUCUUUUGCAUAUGAAUGUAAUCACGGAUUGCUGUCGCUGAUGCUGUAAACUCUGCAUUUUACUCUCUGGAGUAAAAAAGCCCUACUGUGUUUUCAAGGACUAUCAAGUCUUAGUCCAGCCCUGGAGAGGACAUCCCCCCCCCCCCACUGCAUGCUUUUAUACUGUCACACUUUUAUGUAUUGUGUUUGGGUUAUCGUUCUAGACUGGACUGUUAAAUGCUGUGUUUGAGGCUGGGUUGUCAUUUUUAUAACUGUCUUGGUAUUUUAUCACCAUUAUUUAUUACUUUUGAUAUACAGAAUGAGCUGCAUGCAUUUAUAGAGCAAUAAGAAGAUGUAUUUAAUGUGCCUUGUUUUUAACUGAGUAAGAGCUGAAAGCAUGAAUCAAUAAAAGCUGAUUAAAAUGGUC